AUGGUACUUGGAAACGGAGAUAUAAUCCGGGCAUCGCGCGAGGAACAUGAAGAUCUGUUUCAUGGUGCUGCAGGCGCUGCAGGGACUCUAGGUUUGACGACAUUGAUACAGAUCAGGCUCAUCGAAGCGAAGAAGUUUGUCAAGACAACGUAUCACAGAGUUGACAGUGUGUCGUCUGCUAUCUCCACAACGCAGCAGUGUUGCGAGAAAGUACAUGUUGAUUACGUUGAUGGUAUUCUCUAUUCGAAGGACCAUGGCGUUGUCAUUACUGGCAAGUUGACCAACACCAAACCAGAUGACUGUCCGGCAUGGACUUUCAGUAACGCGGGAGAUCCGUGGUUCUAUCUCCAUGUGAAAGCUCAGACCGAGACUCUCCCUCCCUCGUCAAAAGUCACGGAAUACAUACCACUCGGCGAAUACCUCUUCUGGUAUGAUAGAGCUGCUUUCUGGGUCGGUCGCCAAGGAUACACAUACUUCAAGAUCGUCCCGUUCAACAGGUUCUUCCGCUGGCUUCUGGAUGACUACUCUCAUACCCGGACACUGUAUCAUGCACUUCACGCAAGUCGAAUCUCGGAUCAGUUCGUGGUUCAGGAUCUAGCAUUGCCAUACGACACAGUCGAAGCAUUUAUUGACUGGGUGGAUUCAGAAUUAGGGAUAUGGCCCCUUUGGCUUUGUCCUCUGAGAGGCUGUCGAACACCUACUUUUCAUCCCGUCACGAAAAGCUCUUCAGUUACCGACGCAGGGGAUAACAUAUCGCAAUAA